ACACUGUCGGAGAGCGGCCAAGGACGUCCGGCUCCGUCACGCGUGCAGAACUGGUUGCCCAGUGUGGUGACAGCUGACUCGAGGAACGGCGGUGGAUACUACACGCCAAAUAAUGGAGUUGCUCUUCUAUAUGAUCCUGCUGUCGCCUGUACUAGCAUCUGGUGCUCAAGGGCCGAAAAGGCCACAAAAACCUGCAAGUGCCUACUUCUCAAUCUGUCACAGGAGCGACCCUAACAUUUCCGGCUGCAUCAAGAACACGAUUGAGGACCUGAGGCCUACACUCAUUAAAGGUACCCCUGAACUGGACCUGAUCCCCCUGGACCCCCUCAACAUCCCCCGCCUAGAGCUCAGGGAAGGUGGUGGCAAUUUCAGGUUCGAGCAAGUUCUGACCAACGUCACAAUCCACGGUCUGGGCGCCUUCAAGUUGCUGAACGUCAAAGCGGACACCGACAACCUGACGCUUGAUAUGCACAUGCUGACUCCCUUCAUGAGGUUCGACGCCUAUUACGAGAUGGAGGGUAAAGUGCUGGUGGUGCCGCUCAGCGGGAAAGGAGACUGCGUCGUGAAUUUCACGGACGUUACAACCAUCGCACACACACAACUUGAACUGGUAACCCGGGACGGCGACCAGUAUCUCAACGUGCAGAAAGUAGAGUGGAACAUCGACGCAGAGAACUGUCACUUUCACUUCAACAAUCUCUUUGGAGGGGACAAGGCCCUUGGUGCCAAUACCAACGCCUUCCUGAACAAGAACUGGCGCGAGGCGUUCGACACUUUCAAAUACCUGGCAGAAGAGGCGUUCGGCAUCCUGUUCAGGGACUUAACCAACAGGGUUUACCGACACUUCACAUACAAGGAACUGUUGCCAGAGUAACUGCCUCGACAUGAACAGCUGAACUGCCCACCGCCAAUGCCGACUUCACACUCGUAACAACUGCAUACAGUAGGCGUGUGAACUCGUCAGUGACAAAAGAUGAGCCAGUUCAAGCCAACUGAGAUCUCGAGAUCCUAUCUUCAUAAGAUGAAUCAUCAGCUCUCGCGGAAAAGUACUUCAUUUGGUCUCACACAUUGCUGAGUAGCUCAGGCCAUUUUCAUUCAGUCUUUACAUAACACCCAUUCGCGCACCUGGUACGGUGCCUUACAGGGUUCCGAAGGUUUACACACUGUUAGAUAUAAUACAAGACCCCCGGAAAGAAGCUAAUCCUGACUGAGGCGUUACGUGGCGUUUCACAGCACAUCUACCAGUACCGGGAUAGUAACUCACAGCAGGUCGCAACAACUUCCUGCCACACCCUUUGCAGUCCAUCAUUCGCUAACCUUGCGACACCACAUGGCGUACUGAUUGUGUCAUUAAAUAAAUCAUAUCACACCGUGCGUCUUGUCACAGCGUAUACACGCAUUUGUCGUGCUUCAAGCAUCGCAAUUUCAUUCAAAAAAUUAACAAAGCUUUCACACUUCCACGUAGCCAGCACUUCAAGUUCUUUCAGGACCCUAGAUCGACCGUUUAAAGCCCAGUAGUCUCUAAAGGUGCCACAUGCUUUAACACACUAAAACUAUGCAUUCUGACCGCGAAUGUUUCCCUAAACAGCAUUAACCGGUUUGUUUUCGUAG